GUUCCGCACCAGUUCUCAUUCAUUUAAAUAAGUGGAGAGAAUGAAAAACGUCAGCAAAACCACAAAAGAAAGCAAACAAAAAACUGUGGCAAAUUCGAUUCUAAUGUGAAUGCAGACAUACAGUGCCGCUGGUUUGCAACAUUUUUUCGCUGAAACGGUGCGGUGCGGUACAGUCUAUAGGUGAAACAGAAGGAAACGAAAAAAUAUAUACAUAUAAUGCGACAAUAUUGAAUUACACGUGCAUUUAAGUAUCUAGUUGAAAUUUCUCAACUUAUAACAAAAAGAAGAAGAAACAAAAACCGACAAAUUUAUGUUUAUGGGUUUUUAUAUUUUUUUACAAUGGCUUGCAUCAUCAGCACUUCUUAGAAUCGGUAAUAAAAGAAUGUGCGUGUUUCCGACAACGACUACGACAAUGAAUCUAGACAAAACUGAAACAUCUCUAGUUUGUUUAUGGAAUUCACACGAUGCGACAUGUAAAUAGAGUUAGUUUUGAAAGAUCUGAAGAAAACAUAAGGUUAAAAUAGAAUGAGCUGAUAAAAAAACCUGUUUCUGUGUUUUUGGACAUUCAUUUUUUGCUUACGGAUGCGCUCACUUAUACUUACUGCCAGAAAAACCAAUGUUAAGUGAAAAUAGUGAUUUGAUAAUUGAAAAAAGUGAGGAAAAAAACCCGAGAAAAUUGUUUCGUGAUGCAAUGAUAAAAAGCUUACAAGCAAAUAACUUUAUAAAACCAUAAAUCAAAACAAAACCCAAACCAUCCGAGUGAAAAACUAUUUUCGACUGUCGAAUGUACAAAAAAAAAUGUGUCGAGUCAAACACAAUUGUUUCAGUGGAGUAAAAGUUUUGCCGUCGUGUUUUUAAUUCACUUUUAUUCCUCGUUUUUCUCAUUAAGUCCCUCUCGCUGCUGUGUGUGUGUUUUUCGUGAGUGUUUGAGCAAUGGUCAGUGUGCAUCAAUUCGAAAUCAGUGGUGUGUUUAAAUCUCGUGGUUCGAAAUGUUUGCCGAUAAACGGUUAAAGUGGUAUUCGAAGCACUAACAAGAGUUGUUAAUUGAAAACACAGCUACGAAAAUAACUCUUUCGGAAAACUAGCGCGUCACAAGUGAGAAAUUUCGGGCGAUACGGCAAAAAAAAAUACCAAUAACACCAUCUCGUCUCUUUGCAUCGAAAACAACAUAAAAAUGGGAAAAUCAUCAAGUAAAUUGAAAACGCCAAGGCGAAGCCAAAGCAUGGCAUGGAGUUUUCGUUUUUCGACCUUGAGCAAAAAACAAAUGGAUCCAAUAAUGGUUUUACCACGGCAUCCACAUUUGGAAAUAUCCACAUGGUUAGAGAUGCUCGAAUUGCCGCAAUACAAUGAAAGCUUCAAAAAGUUCAUCGGUGUCGAAGAAUUGAUGUACUUUUGUGAGGCGGAUAUAAAGCAACUGGGGGUUCGAAUUUCAGCUCAUAGAGCGCGUAUUGUUUCCAGUUUGGUGGCGUUUCGCGAUAAAUACGAAAACCGUUCAUCAAGUAGCGUAAAUACUGUCAAUCGAAAGCCAACACAGCGAAAGACACAACGAUAUAGCAUGAGUGCGAUUCAAGAUAAGAAGCAAAAAGAAGCGGUUCCAAUAUAUGAAACACUAAACACAGCACAAACCAAACAGAAACAAAGUGUAAGUCUGGGCGAUCUAUUAGAUAUGGAACAAUCAUCGACAAAAGAUGCAACAAACGGCAGCAGCGGUGCAUCGACACCAAUAACACCAACACAAGAAUCGAUUGCACUAAAAAAGGCACUCGAAUGGGAACUGUCAUUGGAUAAAACCGAUUUGCGUUCGCAUGCAUGGUAUUAUGCGACAAUACCUCGACAACGUGCCGAAGAACUUGUUGAAAAGGAUGGUGAUUUUCUAGUUCGAGAUUGCGUAUCGCAGCCCGGCAAUUUCGUGCUGACUUGCAUGUCAAAGGGAUCUAUUCUACAUUUUGUCAUAAAUAAGGUUUUAAUUCAACCGGACACAGUGUAUGAACGUGUGCAGUAUCAAUUUGAGGACGAUUGCUAUGAUACCGUUCCUGAUUUAAUUACAUACUACGUUGGCUCCGGAAAAUCAAUUUCGGUCGCAUCUGGAGCGCGCAUUCGUUUUCCAUGCAAUCGAACAUAUCCGCUAUCAUUUUACGCAACCAAAUAUGGAAUAAAUCAAUCGAUUGCCAAUUCAAGAGGCGUCAGCCCAUUGAAUUCACCGUCGCUUGUUAAUGUUGGCUUUAGAUAUCCAUCGUAUAGCCAACUAAUUGGCAUUAAUCAUUCAUAUCAUAGUCCACGAUCAUCCCCACCGCAUAUUAAACGAGAUAUACCACCACGGCUACCGACAAAAAAGCAACGAUCACAUUCGCUGACACCCGUUCAACCGGGUCAAACAAUGACUGCUUGCUCGACUAAGCGCAAUUUAAACGAAAAAUAUUGCAGUGCCGAUGGUAUUAUACGAGCGAAAAAUGGCGAACUGAAUGGAUCGUUCAACAAAAAGUUUGAAAAGAAUUUAAUUCUCGAUAAUAAGUAUAGUAAUGCCAAAGAUGUGGUGGAUUCACCAAAUGAAAAUUCAACCGAUGCUCUCAACCGUGCAAAUAUUGGACAUUUAUCGUUGUCUCGAACAUCACUCGAUGCGCCCAUCAAUCACAGUGUCAGCACACAGUCUCUGCCUCGUAGUAAUACAAAUAAUGGCGUUCGUGGUAUUCAACGUACUUUAAUACAUUCGCGAACGGCCAGUUUAACGCGUGACGGUAGUCUUGAUGGAUGCACAGUCAAUCGGACGACAUUUCGUAAACAGUUCGAAGAGGAAGAGGAGGUAACCACACCAACUGAUGAACGAAUCACCUCACCGCCGCUGAAACCAAAUCGUUCAAUGCUAAAUCUACGACAUGACAGUACAACGACACUCAAAGAUCUGCCAUUGGAUGGUGGGCCACAGUUUAAUCGUCUCGUUUCAUAUCAUGCAAGCGGUUCAGAUUCUGGUAAUGGCUCGGGUGAUUCGGCACAAAGUUCGGCUGCCAAUGAUUCACUUGCAGAAGGUGCUUUUCAACAACCACAACGUGUCACUGGUGUUGUGAUUCGUAAUCCAAAAUUCUUAUCGAAUUCGGCUUCUUCAACAACAUUAAAAAGUUACGCCGAAUUCGAUAGUACCGAAAUUGAAAACAAUUUAAUGGCACUAGAAAUACCAGAACUGGAACAAUGCUCGAAAUUUGAUUUGGAAAACUUUACCACACUUUUGUUGCCAGCCAUCGAAAAUAAACCUCUGGACAAUGAUGCAUUGAACACCAUACGAAUCAUGUUGAGCGAAACAGCACCAAGAGUUAUUGCAAAUCAUAUGAGUCGCAUCGAUUUUCGACUUUUAUUGGACGAACCGGCCAAGACUGAACACAACGAACAAAGCAUUUUCAACUGUAGCGGCAUUGAAUUGAUUACCUUAGACCAUGGGGAACAAUUUAGAAAAGAUUUAAUUGAACGUACCGAAUGUAUACGAUUAUUAAUUGCUGUCACAGUUUUAACGUGCUCAGAUGAUGCCGAACGAACUGAAACACUUAAUAAAUGGAUUCAGAUUGCCAUUGACACGAAAACAGCACUUGGUAAUCUUUAUGGUUUCAGCAAUAUUAUGCUGGGACUAUGUAUGCCACAGAUUGAACGAUUGCAGUCAACUUGGUAUAUGUUACGACAGAAAUACACCGACAGCGCAUUCAAUUUUGAAGCAAAACUAAGACCACAAUGGAAGAAUAUGAAUAGCUGCACAAAUCCAGUGGCGCCAAAUACAACCAUUCCGCAUAUUUUGCCAUAUGUUCUAUUGAGAGAUCGAAAUGUUACCGAUAUGCUUAAUCAUAUGAAUCAAAUUGGGCCACCGUCUUCUUUAAUAACGGUUUGCAUCUCACCUUGGGAAAAUAGUUCAGUUGAUUUUGGUUUAUCAACGGUUUUCGCACACAUAGAUUCUCUUCGAAAUUUUAUCAAAAAUCUUCCAAUGUAUCGACGAAACGCACAAGCUGUUUUAACCGACAAUCGUAUCGAUGAGUUGCUCGAAGAUUCAUUCAGAACUGAAUUCCAAAUGAAAUUCUUAUGGGGAAGCAAAGGAUCAUUAGCACCAGCUGCUGAACGUCACACAAAACUCGAACAAAUUCUUUCAUUGAUGGCAGAGAAAUUCUGCGGAGGUUCAACUUUGACCUUGAAUGGUGAUCGAUCUGGAUAAAUAGAAAUCACGCACAAAUCCGAUCAUUUUUUGGACGGACAAUAAAGUGAUAAAACAAAUCCAAAUAGAAAUUCGAAUUUCACAAAACAAAUAAUAAUCCAUUUUUAUGUGCAAAAAAGAAAAAUUCAAACGUAUUCAUAAAGAGAGAACUAUUUACUAAACAUUGUGACAAUUAUUAUUGGUGUAUAUCAAAACGCCACUUUAUAUUUUGCCACUAAUUACGCUACUUUGACGAAAACGAAACUAGUCAGGAUAUUCCUCACAAAGACAAAAAAAAAGUGGAAAACAACGUUUUCUAUCGUGAUUUGAAGAAUUUGCACCGCUACACGGUUGCUUUUCUAUAUUAUACUGCUACAAUACAUCUACCUGCCACCGUUGUCUUUGUGAAUGGUUUUUGGAAUCCACCUAUAUUUAUUUCAUGUAAAUUUUUUGUUCGACGGUUCAAUUAUUAUUUUAUUUGUUUCCGAUUUUUGUGAUACUAAUAAUUUUAAGAAGAGUUGUUAUUAUGUUGAAUUCUAUUCAAAAUUAUGUGUGGAAUAAUUUAUGUCAUAGAUUAUGUCAACUACGUGGAAUCACUGAACAUAAUAUUUGAAAAAAAAAAUUGUGUCUUUCGUAUCAUUAAAAACACAUUCGAUUCACGAAAAACGAUCGGAGGUACUAUCGGAAAAACUUUAAUUAACUUUUGAAAAGAAAUUAGGCCAAUUGUUUGCGAUAUAUAUGUCAAAGUGACCAACACAUUUUUUUUAUCGAUUAUGAAACAAAACUUCAAUACGACCACAGCAUUGAACAGAUUAAUAUCUUCAAAAUAUGAAAAUACCCGUUUUGACAACGCACAAUUUUGAUAAUGUGUAUUUUGUUUCUUAUUUGCAGAGAAUAGUACCGAAUAGAUUCGAAAGCGUCACUUUUUUAAGCACUUGUAGUAGGAAUUUGUACAAAUUGCGAAAAAAAUAGCACAAAAAUUUGCCGACGAACUAUUGCGUAAUAAUAUUAGAAUUUAAUAUCAAAAGUAGCAUCUGAAAUUCCUUUUAGCCACAUUCCUCAAUGUAGAGCGAGAAAUACCUUUAUGCCAAAUCAUUAUUAGAAUACCCGCAUUUCGAAAUUCUCAUUCCAAAACCGUUGUAGUGUUUUCAAUUUUUUCAUAAUGCAAAAAAAUCUUCCACAGUAACGAGAUUUUGUAGUCCCAUAGCUUUUGACACAUUUUUUAACGGCGCAAAAUAAACGAAAUUUCAUACACCGAUUUGCUAACAAAAAAAAAUGAAACGAAAUAACAUGUAAUAUUAAUCAUUUACAAAUAUGAAGACAAAUUAAUCCAAAAUCGAUGAGAAAAUUAUCCACACAAUAUAAAUUAUUCGAUAUUAAAUGGAGAUACUAUGAAACAGUUAGAACUAUGCAACUUAUUCGAAACGACAUAUGCAUGUAUGCAUAAAUUUAUAAUCAAAUUUACAAAUUAUUAUAGUCACAAAUAAUAAAAUUAAAAUUAACAAAACUCA